CCGGGACGAGGUCGUCUCUGUCACGUUCCACUCGGACCGACGUCUCGCCCGCUUUCUUCGGGCCAGCGGACUCAGUUUUCCCGCCAAGGAACAGCAGUAGCAGCUGUCACAAUCGCUCCCUCCACACUUUCCACAAGUCCACAGCCGAUUUCUACGAGCUCAUUCAUUCGUGACAUUCUGCCAUCGUCGCCCGUCGAGUUGGGCUACGAAUCGCUUCGCUCAACUUCGACUGACACUAAAUAUCCUGCCCAGAAUAGGUCAUUCUUCGUAUAUUUUUCGUUUUUAUACUUGAUGAACCGAUACACUUUUCCUCAUCGAGGCAUUCAGCAGGGCACCAAAUCGAUUCACAAAAAAAACGUGAGGCUGGCUUUUGUGACUCAGCCGUCUGAGGUCCCUGAUGACAGUGUAAUAACACAUAAUAGCGUUCACCCAAAUGAGGUGGGUCUAAUGACUCUCUAUACAUUAGAUCUGAUUCAGUCCUGCCUCCCGAAAUUCCCCAUCAUCGAGGCUUGA